CUGGCGAUAACGGGCUGCACCGUCGUCUGCGCCUACGUGUUGACGAUGGAUCUGUCGACACCAGACAAGACACAGCCUGAACAGGUCAAGGCACCGGUUUCUAGCAGGAGGCAAAGACAACUUUGCUGCACUUGGUCCUUGUGUGUACGGGCCCAGAUACCAUGGAAUACAAACAGCCACAGCGGUCCACUACCGGAUCACUAAAGAUCAAGCCCCGGCUCAUCAUUCAUGGCGGCGCCGGCAAUAUCAAGCCAACGAAUCUAACACCGGAGCGAUAUGAAGCUGUCAGGACAUCACUCCUUGGUAUGAUCGCAAAAACUCACGGCUACAUGCACGGCGCUGCCUCUCCAUCCGCACUCCAGGUCGCCACGUUUGCAGUUACCCUGCUGGAGAACGACCCCCUGUUCAACGCCGGCAAAGGAGCAGUCUUCACACGUGAUGGGAUCCAACAGCUCGAGGCUUCUGUCAUGGUGUCGAGGGGCCACGCCAAGCGUGCGGCCGGUGCCUUGGGGCUGCGACACGUCAAGAAUCCCAUCUUACUUGCUCGGGCGAUCUUAGAGCGUGGAGAAGAGGAUCUGUGGGGUAGAAAAGGCCAGGGACACAAGGACGCCACGAGCACGAAUGUUGGGAGUGACAACCUCGACGCUGCGGGUUUAGACGUGCCAUCCGCCCAGGGACAUACUCUCGUCUUUGGCUCCGCAGCUGAGACACUGGCAAGAACUUAUGGUCUAGAGUUCGCGCCGACAAGCUACUUUUUUACGCAGACAAGGUGGGACGAGCACCUUCGUGGCCUGGAGCAGGAGAAGUCUGGAAAGCAGUACUCGGCAACCUGGUCGGCAGAGGAAUACCUCCCGCAGGGUACGACGGGUGCAGUGGCUCUUGACUCGGACGGUGUGGUCUGCUGUGCAACCAGCACAGGUGGACUGACCAACAAGCUGACCGGCCGGGUUGGAGACACGCCUAUUCCCGGCGCCGGAUACUGGGCGGAGGAAUGGGAAGACAACAGAACCUCUCAGACUUCGCCACCCCUGACCACCCUAUCGAACUUCUGGGAUCGUGGGGUCGAAGCAGUUCGUCGCACAGGCUCCGUUGUCGAGUUUAGUGGCGCCCUGCGCAGCUUGAUGGCCGAUUGCUUGCCGACCCCCUUCUUUUACACCCCAUUGGCACCCUCCACGUCUUCCCAGCUGACGACUACCCGCUCAUUUGCGACAUCCGGUACGGGCAACGGGGACUCAUUCCUCCGGGUUAACGCUGGGCGAACCGUGGGGGCCAUCGCACGCUGGGGCGGCAAGUCUUGCGCACAAGCUUUGACUGCUGUCACAGGGCCUGGGGGUCAGCUACAGCAAUCAGCGGGGGACCGGUGGAUGAUCACUGGAGAGGGAGAGGGCGGCAUGAUUGGGAUUGAGAGCAUCGUGGUAAGAGAUGCGCAAGGGAACAUUGUUGAAGCCAGAAACUCUAUCAUUCAGGAUCACAAUUGCCCAGGUAUGUUCCGCGCGUGGGCCGACGACGACGACAAGGCGGUUUUCCAAGUAUGGCAUGAUGCAGAGGGACGGAGAGAGGACAUCCCCGCCUGGAAAGGGGAGAAAGACGGUAUUUAGACGCACGUGGCGGCUGUUUCGAUUGAGCCAUGUGGCUCUAAGGAGCGACUUCAAGACUAGGCUUCAUGCGGGUAGACGGUGAGAAACUCUGACGGGGCAUUUGUCGAAAGGAAUACAUGCAUUGAGAACGCAUCUUGCCGCACGAGUCGUGGCCGAACACCAUCGGAUGUGCUUGAUACUGCACCAUCAGAACCAGAACAACCCCUGGGAAAGUAUCACCCCACCACAGAUCACAGGGCAUUGCGGAUGGUAAUUUUGCAAAAGCGUAUCCGAAAUCGCCCUCCUCACAGAUCCCGAGUGUCAAUGAUCAUCAAAUUAAAUAUUGAAGAAUGCCCACCACUGCCUCUUGUGGUGCCAUGCCUAGGAAGUUGGGCAUGUUUCGACAGCCUGUGGCAAGACGUCUAAUGUUCGACUCGUGAUGCUGGGGCUGAG